UAUUUUUAAAACCUAAUGAAGUUCACUUGAGAUCAAAAGCUCUCUUCAUUCUGCUGGGUCCCCACGUGUCCUAUGUUUCACUAGAAUUGUCGAAACAUAGUGAAUUUGCGCUCUCAGCUGGUAUCCAGACUUCAGUAAAUGUUGAAAUUCUGAUGAAGCAUUUCAGAGCAUGGUGUAUAAAGAAAUUAGAGAAUUCAAUUUCUGCAGAAGUUUUGGGGGCAGAGUUUCAGACAAGCCCUGAACACAUUCAUGCAGUAUACAUGUACUUCUUUGAGAACUGCAGCCCUAAUCAGCUUAAAGAGUUUUUCUUAAACAUACCAGCGAUAUUUGUGCCAGAUGUAUGGAAGGAGUUUGCUUGUUCAGGUAAAUUCUUCUAUUUGAAAGAAGUGUGCUGGAAUGACCCAACUGGAAUGUUUCGUAGAUACAAACAACUUGUAAGAGAGGAAGGAACUGUCCAGGAGCCUCACCUUCUUGCUCCGUUUUAUUCACAGUGGGAUGAUUUAAAGCCACUGUUUAUGCAGCAACUGAAUGUUGACAAAAUACCUACAAUGAAGCAGUAUGUGGAACUCCUUGAACUUAUAUGUGAGAAGACACCUCUCAUUUCUAUGGAUAUUCUGAAGGAUGUGUCUGUGAUUUAUGCAGUACUUGCUGAAAAAUGCAAAAUUCGUGGUGAACUUGAGUGUGAAGUUGAUGAAAACUACUGCAGUACUCUCAGAGGUAUGUUGAAAGACAAACCAGUGUUCCCUACAAAGGACAGCCGCUGGGUCUCCUUAGAAAAGAAGCCUUUAAUUUCAGAUAACAAGCAUUUGGAAAAAAUAUUCAAGUCCCAUGAUCUUUGUUUGCUUCAGCUAUCACCUGUUGAUCCUUCAUCUCGCCAGAAGCUGCCUUUUAAGAAGGGUGAGAGAGAGACUCAGGCACAAUUCAGGGAAGAGGACAGAGCACUCUUCUUGGAAAUCUGUGGCAUUCAGAAGUUGUCAUCAUGCAUUCGUUUUGAGGCCCAGACUGAGAACUACAGGCCAUGUCCUGUGUUACAGAACUUUGUUCGUAGCAUUGUUCCAUUCAUUCAGAGGUUCUUGUAUCAUCAUGAAGGUUUUGGAGCAACAUAUGAUGAACUGAAAGAAAUGGACAUUAAGGAAACUCUUACAAAGUUAUCUUUUGGCCAGGUUGGAAAAUUAUAUAUUCAGUAUCAGAUGGACUUUAAUAAGACAACAGUAUAUGAGCAGGAAGAUGUAGUUUGCCAUUUAAGAGAGAACAAAGAAUUCUAUAUUCAGAAGGACCACAUAAAUUCACGUACGGAUGUCUGCAGAGAAACUGUAAAGCUAUUUAGCCUUGGAAAUGCUGAUCUUGGAAAGGAACUAGACCAUUUUUUGCAAGGACUUUUGCCUGUUAUGGAGGAUAAAGCAGCAUUGCAAAGGUUUUUAAACCAGGAAGAUAUUAGAGAGUUGCCAGAAACUGAAGACAAGUGGGAAGUUCCCUUGGCCAUAAUUCAUGAACCUAAAGUUGUACAAUUGGAAGAACAUGCAGUUCGAGUACAGGAGAACAAAGAGGCACUCGGCAGUGCAGAAAAAAGUGGAGAUGGAGAAAAAUCAUUGGCUAGCUGGCCUCCAAAGUCCUCAUUUGGUGGAGGAAUGGCUAAACCUUCCAGUUCUGCUACAGAAAAUGUAAUGAGAAUGUGGCCACCACCUGCACCUCCAUCAGAAUCAAGAAGUGAAGCUGGACUUUCAGACAGUUAUGGAAUCUUUGGCACAUCAGCCGGUAGAAGUGAACCAGGCAUGUUUAGUAGCACAUCAUCUGGAAGGGGUGAAGCAAGCACAUUUAACACAACUGCUAGGAAUGAGCCAAGCAUGCAUGGUACACCAUCUGGGAGGAGUGAAUCAGGGAUACCAGUGUACCAAGAUCAGAGUAGUAGAGGCAUGCCUUCUAUGCCACCUUUGCAUUCAGGCACACAUGAGACUCCAUCUUCUCGGAGAUUGGGACCAUCAUCAGUUGGACCUCCCGAAUACCAGCAGCAUCCAUAUUUGGACCAAACAUCAGCUUCACAACAGAUGCCACCAACAGGAAAUGAAGGCGUUCAUCUGCCUCCUUUACAGGGUCAUGGUUCUGCUCAGGAUGGUGGCAUGCAUCGGCAUAAGAGAGAGUCAGAGGACCAAGUUACUGGCAGAUUGAACACUCCAAGUGAGGUGGAAACAGAAGCAGCAGCAACAUGCAAGCAUAAUCUUGUUUUUCAAGGCAAUGCAGAUACUUCCCGACCACCUCUGGCCCUUGAUUACCCUAUAUGGACAAGGAAGGGGGUGCAUGAAAAUGUACUGGAGGAGCUUGAUCUGCACAGUAGUGUUGAAAAACCAGUUAACAAUGAAUUUGUUGAUAACGAGCUGGAGUCAGAUGCAGUAGGAGAAUGGGGAGAGCACUUGGUAUAUGCCUUUUUGAUGCACUGGAAAGAAAGAGGAAGUCACCCCAAACCACUGGAUAUUGUUUGGAGCAACAGGGAAGGCCUGAGUGGAAUGCCCUAUGACUUCAAAGUUGUAUUCCCGACUGAAGAAGGAAACACAGUGGAGAUAUUUAUUGAAGUGAAGGCCACAGUGAAAGCAGAAAAACAUUUUGUAACCUUAUCAGCAAAUGAAGUUGACUUUGCUCUAAAAGUCAAAGAACAGUAUCACCUUUACAGAGUUUACAAUGCAGGAGACUCAAAAAACGUCCGCUUGUGCCGAAUCAAGAAUUUGGCACAGUGUUUACAUUCAAAACAACUGACCAUGUAUUUGUUUAUAUAGUUCCUGCUGUCAUUUGCUCUCUAAUGAUUUUUGGACUAAUUUUUAAUGUUGCUAUAAAUCUCACACAUGGAUUAUAAUAUGUUUCUAAACUACUGAUAGUCUAGUAAGUCAUUCUUAUUUUUAUUGUUUGAACAUAUUCCAUUAUUUUUUCCUGGUACUUUGAAAAGAGAAUUUUUUUACUGAACAGUAUUUGACUUGUUUUAUUUUUAUGAUGGAAACAACAAUUAGAAUUUUAUUAGCUUUAUUUUAAGAUAUAUACAGAAAAUGUGUUCUGUGAUAGUAUAGUGAUAAAAUGUUUUUAAAAAAUGUGCACCCUUCAUUGUUGGUUUUAUUGUUUCUUUUUUCCUGUAAUAUUGUAAAUAAUGCAGAACUAUUUUCUUUAAGCAUAUUGCCACACCUUUAGAAUUGUAUAUCAGUGUCAGGACCAACUGGAAACAUUUAAUGUCUGUCGGAUGCUACGGACUUUAGUAGAUUCUUUUUAUGAUAUGAGAAAACUUAAUUCUCUGUUAAUGUUCUAAGACUUGAGCUUCUUUGUUGUAUCAGUGUUGCCCUUGCUUUUACAUUUGGAAAAUUUGCUGCUGCCAGAGUAGGUUAUGGAGCCGUUACUGUGUACAGUCGUCUUUGCUUUUCUCUGUAGCUCUGUUUUGUUUUAUGAUGGUGACUAGUUCUUAAUUUGCUUCCUGUUUAACUGUUCAUUUGUUUCAGACUCACCCUUGUUCAUGUCUGUCUAACAGAGGUGGAUACAGAUUUUGCUUUAUUUGAAGCUGUAUCUCCUGUAGUCUUUUCAUAGAUGAUUGAAAUUAAGUGGUUUCAUGAAUAUCAGCCCAUGUUUGUCCAAAUGCCUUUUUUGAAGGUAUUCUCUGGCUCCUUCUGUUUAUAUGUCUUGUGCAGGUCUUUGGACUGCCAUGUCACUUCCAGGACCCUGCAGUUGAGACAGCUUCCUAUGUGCAGCUGCCACUCUAGUUGUCAUGACUCACCAGAUAUCUCCUAGUCUGCAUUUUUGCCACAAGACACUCCUUGAUAUUGCACUACGAUCACCACCUUCUGAUACUCUGAUUUUAUUUUAGUGAUGGCUGCUUUCCCUGCCUUAUACUUGUUUCCUGAUGUCAUAUUUGGACUUUCUCCUUACUUGUAUUCCCUAGCAGUUUCUACUGUAGGCUUUCACUUUAGCAGUUUUUGUCUUUACAGUUGGCUUUUUUGCAUUAACUCUCUUUUCCAGGUGAUUUUGGCAGUACAGUAUACACAUUUGGUUGGUGUAAGUACUGAUUCCUAGCUUGCUCAUGGAUGUUUGUAUUUGUGUUCUUUUUUAAUAAGUGGAUAAGUGCAUUACUGCAAACAGGUGUUUUCAACAAUAGCUUGUAAGAUAGUGCUGGAAAUGUGCUGAGUGUUUUUAUUAAAUAGUAAGAUUGUAUACUAAGUUGUUUCAAGUUUGCCCUUUUAUAUAACUAGGCAAAGGCUGCUUGUAAACUCCUAGUUAGAUCAUAUUCAUGACUAAUGUGUGAAAGUGCUAGUAAGGUUAUGUGAAAAUAUGACGUGGGAAGCAGAAACAGAUUACGCUGGUAAGGUUAUGUGAAAAUAUGACGUGGGAAGCAGAAACAGAUUAAUCUCUGCAAAUAAGGUUUACGAGGUGUUUUUAUAGCACUGGUGUUGAAGGUAGAGCCAAGACCGUGUGAAUAUCUUGGGUCAAGGAGUUCAAUACGUGGUGAUUAGAUAAUAGCUUUUGUGAACUUGGCUAGGCAUACAUAGAAGUUGUUCAUUCAGUCUUUUUAUUUCUUUUCUUACUACACACUUUAUCCUUUUCAUGGUUGUCAGUGAGCCAGAGCUUGUCCUAGCAAACAAGUGUGAAGUAGACUGCUCCACCCACCCACAGACGCCGACACAAGCAUUAUAUUGCCUGGCUUGUUUAGGACAUAGGCUGUGGAUGGGGAUAACCUGAAAAUGGGAAUGAGCAAGACUUGACAGUGUUAUUUAAACGUUCAUGGAAAAGGGGAGCUG